CACCUCACACCCGGAGUUCCUUGGAACGGCUGGCCAUGCCAUGAUCCUGACCAGGAUAAAGCAGUUACUCAAAGUGUGUGUGUGCGUUUCACUAUUAAUAUACUAAAACACACCUUUUCAUAAUUAGAACGUCUGUAAAAGCAAAUUAGCCUACACAUUUUGCUCCUUUAUUCACUUUUAAACUACUUGUAGUUUAAGGGUGUCACUCAAUUAGAAGUGCAUACAUCCCAUAAACCUACAGCUUGGCAACAGUCUCGGCUUCCAUGGUGACAUGAAUUCCAGUUAACGUAUAUAAAUCUCGCGAGAGAUUCGAGCACGCGAGCUUUUCUCUCACCGAUUGCACUUCUUUUUUUUUUUUUUUUUUUUUUUGCGGAACCCGCAGACGGGUCCCGGUCCCGUGUAGAACUCGCCCCACCUUAAAAAGUUUCACGUUUAAACAUCUUUUCUUUCUCAUUCGCUCAGCACGGCGCGACGUCGUCGCUGACCGAAAUGACGUCACGGCUGUUCCGUAACUCCGGAUGCACGCGGCGGUAGCGUCCGCCAGUCAGACUCGCCGCUGAUCCUGGGGUUGGUGUGUGUGUGUGUUGUUUACAGCGCGGCUGGGUGGGGGUGUGAAACAAACCCCGCGAGAGUAUUAUCCGGUGCAGCAGAGGCUCCUGCCUGCAUGGAGCUGCGCGCCGAGCCGGUGGUGGCGAGUUUGGAGAUGUCGGACCUGCAGGGCGGAGGAGGUGAAGGGGACGGCGAUGGCGCGUGCUCCGAGGACGACAGUUAUGAGAGUUUACCGAUGCACGCGUCCUUCAGCACGCACAUGACAGCCGGCGCGGUUGCGGGAGUGCUCGAGCACACGGUCAUGUAUCCGGUGGACUCCGUUAAGACGCGUAUGCAGAGUUUACAGCCGGACCCGAAGGCUCAGUACCGCAGCGUGUACGGGGCGCUGAAAAAAAUCGUGACGACAGAGGGCCUCAUGCGGCCCCUCCGAGGCCUCAACAUCACGGUGCUGGGGGCGGGGCCGGCCCACGCGCUCUACUUUGCCUGCUACGAGCGGAUCAAGCGCAGCCUCAGCGACGUCAUUCAGAACGGUGGCAACAGCCACAUCGCCAACGGGCUGGCAGGAAGCGUUGCUACUGUGCUCCACGAUGCGGUCAUGAACCCCGCUGAAGUGGUGAAGCAGCGCAUGCAGAUGUAUAACUCGCCGUAUCGAGGCUUGUGGGACUGCGUUCUGACUAUAAGUCGUAACGAGGGCUUGGCCGCCUUCUACCGCAGCUACAGCACGCAGCUCACCAUGAACAUCCCGUUCCAGGCUCUGCACUUCAUGACGUACGAGCUGAUGCAGGAGCGGCUCAAUCCAGAGCGCCAGUACCGGCCGGGAACGCACAUGGUUUCGGGCGCCGCAGCAGGCGCCGUAUCGGCCGCGCUCACCACGCCGCUCGACGUGUGCAAGACGCUGCUGAACACGCAGGAGGACGUGGCGUUAAAUUCGGCUCGCGUCAGCGGCCAUCUUUCGGGCAUGGCCAAUGCCUUCAGGACAGUCUACAGGCUGGGAGGUUUGACCGCCUUCUUUAAAGGUGCGCAAGCACGCGUCAUUUACCAGAUGCCUUCAACUGCCAUCGCCUGGUCCGUCUACGAGUCCUUCAAGUACUUCCUGACCCGGGAUGAAGAAAGCAGCUUUGGACAGAACAGGACGAGUCGAACGUGAAGAGCCCGGAAUGAACUUCUAGACUAAAACAGCACUAAUCACAGAGGAGCCGUUGUCCGUCACAACGUCUUCGUUUCCACCACACUUUAAUAGUGUAAAGUUCCGAAGAACAAAUCGACAAAGUCGUAUGCGUGCGAUCCCGUUUUAGGUUCUACUUUAUUUAUUGGAAGAUGUUCUUGCUGUUACAAACAGGAAAAUUUAUGUAGGCAAAUAAAUAGCCACCGCUAAACACGCACAAAUAUAGAACGACUAGAAAGAAAGAGGUGAACACGUAUCUCCUGUCAUUAAAUGCCAAGACGGAAUUGCUUACUAAACGGAUCAUGCUCUGUGUUGGCGUCGAGUGGUAGGUGCCACAGCGGGCCUUUCGAAUCAUUCCCAGAUUUGCAUACUUCCAUUCCAUAUGUUUUCCUGGGUAACAACAGACAGGCACGUUUAGCCUUGUCCGUGUGUUUAGGGUUUUAUAUAUAU